GUUCGCGUAGCGGAGAUAUUGUUCGCUGACGCGUGUGUGUAUGAAGGAGAUAAGAAUAAAGCGCAGAGCAUUCGCGAGGGGGAACAAAGAAAAAACCAAAGAAACCAUCGUGUCUCGAAGCAUCAGUGUUUCCAGUGUGGUUCUAUAACUGCGUAUAAAAAGACGUCAAGUAUUUCGAUAUAUAAAAUCAAUUAACACAUAGUGGGUCGUGUACAUGUCCAAGGAUCCCGAUAAUCUCUUCCAAUAAUCCCCCAUCACCCCUCUGUGCGUCUCUCCAUCCCUCUCUUCCUCUCUCUCCUUCACCUAUCCCCGCCUAUCUUCCAUCCUCCUCGUUUCACCUAAAUCGUUCCUCGUGGCGUGCGCGUUCCUGAAGGCACCAGGGUCGGACCUUCGACGACAGUGCGGUCGCACGACGCGGACGAACGCGUCUAAGACGCCGGGAGCACAGGUGCAGGUGCAAACGCGUGUCUAUAGUCGGUUAUACAGGGCCUGGGGGAACGUGGGUUGGAAUACGGGCGUCACGGCAGAAUGGACGGUAGCACGGGCCCGCCGUCGGACAUGGCGGCGAUGGGAAGUGAGAACGACGAAGGAUCGAAACCUCAACGAGACAACGACCACCAUUCCACGCAACCAGAAUCGGAAUAUUGCGGUCAGAGCUCGAUAAGAGCCGGUUCGGCCUCGCCGCUACCUACUACGACCGCUUCGUCCUCGUCUUUGUCCUCGUUGUCGGCGCAGUCGGGGUGUGGCUGCGUCGCCGCCGCUGCCGUCGCCGUCCUCGAACCAGACGAAAUUACCAUUAGCAUCACACCGACCACCGGUGGACAGUUCGAACUGACCGUUGACCGUACAGACACCGUUGAGAAUCUCAAGAAAAUCAUCUCGAAGCGGCUGAAAGUUGCAAAGGAACGCAUUUGUUUACUACAUCGCGAAAGGUUAUUGCGUGAGGGAACGCUCGAGGAAAAUCGUUUACAAGAUGGCAGUCAGCUCACGUUACUGCCCAGCGUGGAAACUGGCUUAUUGGCACAACGACCUGAACAGAGUGUAAUGCAAGCCUUGGAGAGCCUUAACGACUCUCAGGUGAACGACUUUUUGUCUGGGAAGGCUCCUUUGAAUCUCACUAUGCGAUUAGGAGAUCACAUGAUGCUGAUACAGCUACAACUAUCCACGGUGACUGCAUCCUCACUCACGGCCAAUCAGAACACCAGUAACAACAGUGGGUUGACAAUUGGUGGGAACAGCUCCAAUGGGUCAAAUUUACCCAGUAGCCACGUAUCGACUUCCCUGCAGAGCAGACGGUCCACUGUUUUAGCUGCUCGCUCUACAAGCAGUACGAGCAGUAAAUUACAAAAUGGCACAGCAGCCGCGAGAACGUCGUCUCUAAUAAGUAGCCUGGUAUCAGCGCUGACCGCAGCGGCCAGUUGUAGCACCAGCCUGUCGACAGCCACUACGACAACCAGCCCAGUAUGCUCCAGUCGUGCCACUACUGCCUCAUCCGUCUCCUCUACGUCCUCCUACUCGCCCAUUAGCCCACCACAUUCGUCAUUUUGCAAUAGUCAGUCACAGACAGCACGUACUGGCAACAACCAUGGCUCUGUGUCGCCUAACGGCACUUCCAGCACCUGUCAGUCUUGCCUUCUGUACCACCAUCACCAUCACCACCAUCACAACCUAUACCACCAUCACCAUCAUCACCAUCAUCAUCACCAUUCAAGGAACAAGUCCAGUGGCUCCUCAAACACCACUCAGUCAUCCACUUCAAACUCCAAUUCUGUGGACCAUCUGCAACAAUCUACCUCCACCAGUCAUGGAUGCAUAGACUCUGUGCCCUAUGAUAUUACCCCACCCAGGAAGAAGCUGUGCACUGUUCACCACCAUAGCCAGCAGUCUACGAAUAGUGAUACGUCUAGGAGUAACACAAUUGAUGGAGACUCGAGUCCCCAGAGCCCUACAUCCUGGCUGGCUGAACAGAAGGCUGCAACUCUGGACACCAGGGCGCUUGCAGAGGCUUCUCGUAAUUUGACGCAGAAAUUGAAGCAGCUCUCCUCUGAGGUACUCACCUCGCGGGUCGACCUCGCAGAGGAGAGUGCAAGACACAGGCAAGGUGCAAUAAUAGAGAGUAUGCAUCAUCAUGGAAAAGGUGUGUAUUCUGGUACGUUCAGUGGGACCCUGAAUCCAGCUCUACAAGACAAACACGGGCGUCCAAAGCGAGAUAUAAGCACUAUUAUUUACAUUCUCAAUGACCUGCUGUGCUCCACACCUUCCUUCACCGCACGUCGUAACAUGCAUCAUCACAGGCAUUCUAGUGGUCGCCAGCAGUCUUCAGCUUCUCCGUCCUCUACUGGAACUACAACCACAGUGAAUGGUGCCUCUACGCCCAUUAGUUGCCAUGAUUCUUCUAACCCUGGAUACUCAACUAAGGAAUUGUCGAAGGAGAACGAAGCUACUAAGGGAAAAAUGAGACGGCUGCGUUUGGUUAUGGAGCAACGACGCGCCAAGAGAAAAGCCAGAAGACAGGCGAGGGCAGCACCGUACACCAGACAAUGGGCGGCGGUCACGCCGGAUCCGGAUCCGAAUCACGAUCCAAAUACACCGAGCACCGCCGCCACGAACACGACAGAGCCUCAAAACGAACCAGAACUGCAACCUUGCAGUCCUGAACCGGUCGUAGCCUGAACAUCGUGUCACUCGUCGACCAUUGACAUGUUGUAGUAGUAUAUUAAAAGAAAAAUGAGUUCAACUAGCGCGCACUGAUUUAUUCAAGAUUAAGGGGAAGGAGGGGGUAUUCGAUCGCUUUUUACACCGCGUACGCGCUUGUUCACACCACCAGGAAGUUCCGUUAAUUGUUGCUUGAAGGCACUUCGUUACGUUCGAUAAAAAGAAUUGAGGUUUAUGUCUGGAAAGUUUAUUUUGAUCGGAACUAUGUAUGUUUGUCACGAUGGAAUAAUAUACUAUAAUCGGUGUACAAGCGACGAUCUAUACGCGUAAUUUUUUUAGUAUUGCCUCCGUGUACCUCCGAUCCGAAAUAUACCGUGGUAUGGUGUUUGAAAGAAGAGUGGUGGAAAUUUAGCAAUAUCCGUAAUAACGAAACGCGUGCAGAGUUUAAGGCACGAUAAAUAGGGAGUAAUCGAAUAGAAGAAGAAAAAGUUUCGCGGGAAACAUGUGUACACGUCUUCACUGGAAACUUUUAUGAUAACGUAUUUAAAAAUAGAGAAAAUUCUGACCAUAAUGAAAGAAAAAAAAAUGGUUAUUAAAACCGCAUUAAACAAAAAAAAAAACAGUGUUUGGCUAAUUACUCAGGACUCGAUCGUAGCUGACAAUAAUUGCACUCGACGAAUGAAUCAGUGUGACCAGCAUGUGGUAACCAUCUACAAAAAAUUCGAAAUGAAGAGGAGGUGACACACGCUGCAAGAAAAAGAGAGAAGGGUCAUCACUCCGAUUGUUAAGUAUCGAUUCUGUCAGUGUCGACGUAUACUCAAGUUUAGUAGACACGACUAGAUAAUUUUAAACUCACACAUGCUUUGGCAAAGUGCA